AUGAAACCUACAACAAAGAGAAGGCCGUAUGCAUCAAGCGACCAACCACCGCCGCCAGACGAGCCGCAAAGGCCGCCACCCUUCCGGCCACCCCCGGAAGCACGACCACGAGUGCACCCGAAUACGACAAUAUUGCACGCCAUAAACACCGACGACCCCCGGAGCGCUGCGUCAUCCAAGCCUCCACCCGAAACGCCGCUUAGCACCAACGCCCGGAAGCUCCCGACCACCAGGCGAGCACCAACGCCACGGGAAGCCGACCACAAAGCCGAUGCAGCGACAGAACCGCGCGCCGCCCAGACAUCGACGCACCCAGCGAAGGCCCAGGUAACGCACUCAGCUACACAAAGCGACCUGGCGACGGCAGCCCCACUCCAACUCGGCCGGCGAGGCACGGCGAAGAGUGCCGCCAGGACGGAAGCCCGUACCGCGGAGCCACUCGCCGAAAGGGUGCAAGAGGUGCCCGCCACAACAACGCCGGCAUGCUCGAACGGCGAUGGGGCGUCUGUCCUAGCACUUGCCAAGACCAACGUCGGGACCACGCCGCGUCCCCCACAAGCGACACGCCCAACCGUCGAGAUCAGCGCACGACCAGCCACGCAUAAAACCUAUGCCAUGACAGGGCCGCGCUCUGCCCAAACGAAGACCACGGUCCGCAUCGAGUCGACACCAGUCCAACCAGAAGCCCAAACGCCGGCCACGACCCACGUCGAGUCGACAGCAAACCAUCAGACGGCUCAAACAACGGCGACACCAAGCCCCAUGGCCGAGAUCAGCACACUACCAACCCCGCCUAUCACGGCGGCCGAAGAAGCGACACCGAAGCAAUUGGAAAAACAGCAGUAA